AUGUCAGACUCCACGAGAUUUUCCCCACGCAGUGGCAAGUCUCAAACAUCAACCCCUCAGGCCAACCUACACACCUGUGAGCCCCGUGGGCCCUCCUGCCAGCAGAUGGCAGAAUCACAGAUUAAGGAUGGAUACGAUGUCUGCUUCACCCAGCAAGAGAGCAACGCCUUCAUCUUGAGGACUGCGGCUAUGAACAGGAGGCACAGCAUUGAUGGGACCGUCAGUUCAGGGUCAGAAUCAGGACAAGGCCCUGUUGACUCUGACAGUCAUUUCCAUCUGUACCGGCGACAUUUCAGUGACAGCGCAGUGAUGACUGCAGGUUGCCUCCAACAGUGCUCGUCUCCCUUCAGCUGCCUGCAGGAGGUCUGCAGCCCUGACACUCUUACACACAGCUCCAGCAGUGAGGUGCCAACAUCCUGGGACCAAAACAAUGGCAACAUUCAGUGUUUGUACCCAGACCUGCCAGCUGUGCCUGUGGAGCCUUCCUGCUUCCAGUCUCAAAGUUAUCCAUCCUACAGCUCAUCGAGCCCUCUCCAACAGGUCUCAUCUAGAUUGUACCCUAAUAAUAACCAGUCCAACAGCUCAAAAUAUUCUCUGCAAAGUCUUUCCACUCAAACACAAAAGGAGAGUCCCACAAAUUCCCUUUUCCCGAAGCCCAUUUACUCAUACAGCAUUCUGAUCUUCAUGGCUCUGAAAAACAGCAAAUCAGGAAGUCUGCCCGUCAGCGAGAUCUACAGCUUCAUGACUGAACAUUUUCCCUAUUUCAAGACAGCUCCUGACGGAUGGAAGAACUCUGUGCGGCACAACCUCUCCCUGAACAAGUGCUUUGAGAAGGUGGAGAACAAAAAUGGAAACUCGUCCCGCAAAGGCUGUCUGUGGGCUCUCAAUCCAGCCAAGGUGGAGAAGAUGCAGGAGGAGCUGCACAAAUGGCGCCGCAAGGACCCAGUCACUGUUCGCAGGAGCAUGGCGAGACCAGAGGACCUGGAUCGUCUAUUGGGGGCAAGACCGAACAAGCUCAGGUCUUUGCCACCUUACAUCAACCCAGCUCUGUGCUCCAGACCUGCACCUAUUUACGGCACCACCUCAUCAUCUUGCACCUCAACACAGCUUGGAUCCAUCCGGCGUCCACAGUAUUCCCAUAUUCCUCCUCCCUCACAGCAGCCAUGCUAUCUUCCCCCUGCCGCCGCCGCCCACCCCAGCAAUUCAUUUGCCCUGUACUCACCCUGCGGACAGCAGCCUGCAGCAGGCAUCCCAUCAGCCACUGGAAGCCUGAACUCACCCAUGGCUGGGAGGAUGCCACCAGUAUACGAUGCUGCCCUGCAGGGCGAGUACUGCAUUGGCCCAAGGAGCAUGCAGGACUUGCUGUUGGAGGGGGACGCCCGUUAUGACAUCGACAUGCUCAACCCCAGCCUGACUGACCUACCGCUGCAAGGUAAUUUGUGGGAGGAAUUACAGCAAGACAGCCUGGUGUCAGAUUCACAAGUUGUUAGCACCACAAUCCCGUCCACGACCUCUUCCCUGCAGGACCCCAACGUCCAUACCAGCUGUCUACAGGUCAUGCCGCCUGUCAGUCUGACCUCAGAGGUGGCUACUAUUGGUCGAUGUAAAGCUGAGUACGAGUAUGAGGACACGGGACACAUCUUUGAGCAGCAUGGCUGUUUGAAUGGGCUGCAUCCUGUGGUUUAUUCAGGGGUGGAGAGUCUGGCAGGGUAUGUGACCUCCUGUACAUCUAUCUCCUUAAUAUAAAGAGCUUCACCUUCAUCUUCCCCCGAUCUUUAAUAAUAAUAAUUUUGUCGCCUGAAUGGGUGAUG